CUUACUUGUGUUAGUAUAUAACACGUAGUAAGUAAUGAUCAAUUUUAAAAUAACAGUUCAACACUUUAGACAAAGGCUGAUUUUCGGUUGGAAUAUUGUGAGAAAAUACAAUCGUAGUGCGCUUGGCCUAGUCACGUGACUUUACCGAGGUUAUAAAUAAAGGUGCUUUACCAUCUCUCCGCCUCUUUUCCUCAGUUGCAUCCGACGAGAGUCGUUCAUUCUGUUCCGAUCUAAAGUUCAGUGCAAUGCCGGAAUCGUCGCAUCAGUACAUCAACGGUUACCAAAACGGACACAUGGAGUCAGAAAUUCCAGAUGAAGAUACUUUCCUAUUUACGUCGGAAUCAGUUGGAGAAGGACAUCCAGGUAAAAUAUGUGAUCAGAUAAGUGAUGCAAUUUUAGAUGCACACUUACAACAAGAUCCUGAUGCUAAAGUCGCAUGUGAAACUGUAACCAAGACUGGGAUGGUACUGGUCUGUGGAGAGAUAACUUCCAAGGCAGUGGUAGACUACCAGAAAGUAAUUAGAGAUACAAUAAAACAUAUUGGCUAUGAUGAUUCUUCUAAAGGGUUUGACUUCAACACUUGCAAUAUCCUUGUCGCAAUGGAUAAUCAGUCACCCAACAUCGCCAGUGGAAUACACAGGGACCGGGAUGAAGAGAUGUUAGGGGCCGGUGAUCAGGUAUAGACAGCAUGUCGGGCUCAUUGUCA